UCGUGUUUCUAGAGCCUCACCCCCUGUGGUGAUAUAUCAAAGAAACCCGUAAGUCGUUGACACGUAACAAAUGACACAGGCGCGGACCCUGUUCCAGCGGAAAUGUCCGCAAGUCACAUAGAGCCCCAUUCGAAUAAUUUAUCCUUGCUAAGAAUCUAGGGAUUAUGUCACAGUAAACGAAAGCAUUGGUAAGGUUUCGAUGCUUCUGAGACUUUGCUGGUGCCACUCAGGGACUCAAGGUUUAAAAGCUCGAGCAAGAUUCCGUAGCGAUGGUGGGAUGUUGUCUUUUAAGCGGCAACGGCAUACAGGUUUCGCUGCAGCCGAACGAGUUAGGAAAGCACCAAGACCCUCCCUACACGAAGUAUAUCCGCCGCAGUCAUGGUAAAGGUUGAAGUCCAACCGCCGGCGCAAGUCCAGGCGGGAGCAGUCAUGUACCCGCCACUCGUCGUAAGCUCUAAGAGCGAUGAUGCCUACGACUUUAUACAGGUUGCCCUCAUCGACUCAUACGGACGCGUCCUCGAGGAUCAGCUGUACGGCACACUAACGACAUCCAGCAAGAGCAUGCACGACAGGUCUGCUUCUCGAAGCAGCCGAGCUAAGGAAUACUCUGCCUUUCCCGAUCUCGUCAUCAGCUAUGCUGGCGUCUACGCUCUUCAAGUAAGCGCCAUACGCAUGGAUUAUGCAUCGCCAGAUGGCGCGGCGGCAAUCAUCGCCGCAUCGACGACGACGAGACAAAUUAUUGUCUACGAUCAGAGCGUCGCUACGGAGAUUCCAUCCCCUGAUGAGCAAUCUCUUCUACGAAAGCUACGACGAGAUGGCGCGUUUGGCGUUCCUCGGGCUCCCAGAUAAAUCAACGCCAAAUCCGUUGUACACCUAUGGAGAUACUCUUGGAUUUGGAUAAUCGUGGUAAAUUG